UCCAUUGUGAAAACAUAAUUGUUUUAUGGUGAUAAUAUGUCAAAAUCAAGCAUAAGGAAGAUAACGGUUGACCCUACGAAAUGUAAUACAGACUCUCGUCGACCAAGUGUAUUUGAAAGGUUGGGGACCAAACCUGCAGUUACUGCCGGCCAAAAUACAUCGGAUUAUUGCAGAAAUUGGGCAUUGAAUGGCAGUUGCUCGUAUGGAAAGAAUUGCAAAUAUGCAAAUACUCACACAUUAAUAAGCCCAUCCAAGCGUGCCAAAAAGGAUAAUGCUAUUGCAAGUACCACAGGACUUAUCGAGGAUCCAUUUAAAAGGCUUACUUCUAAGAUUGUAAAAAAAGCAUCGCAUAGUCCUGAUUUAAAUUUGGAAGAGUGGAAUCAAACAGAUCUUGAAUACGAAGACGAGAAAGUAUUGGAAAGGCGUAGACAGCUGUUACAACGUGAAUUAGAACUACAAAUGAAGAAGGAUAAAGAAGUUCAUGGAAAAGACAAAGUGAAACAGAAGAAAAAGGCAAUGACUUCUUCCUCUAGUUCUCAUACAUCAAGUACAUCUAGCAGUAGUAGUAGCUCUAGUAGCGAAGAUUCAUCUUCUAGUUCAACAUCUGAUUCACGAAAAAAGGUUAAAAAGAUUAAAUCUAAACGACAUCACAGUGGUUCUACAGAUUAUGAUGAAGAUAAAGAAAGAAGAAGGAAAUUAAAAUUGAAAAGGCUUGGAACAAAAAAUGAGAAGCCAUCAGUGAAGAAGAAACGUAAAUUUGAAAGUAGUUCUGCAAAAAAGGAAAUUACUGCUAGAUCAGUAAAGAAGUACAGUUCAUCUUCAACAUCAAGAAAACAUUCUUCCACUCCUCGUACAAGAUCACCAGCAGUGCAAGUGUCUGCACCAGCAACACCUGCAACAGCAGUAUUAGGUUCUUCGGUAUCUUUGCCUCAUCAUGGAACAUCUAAUAAAGUCAAGGAAAGAAAUAGAAGCGAAUCUCCAAAAGCAACGAAAAGCAGAGAUAUAGAUAAAGAGGAGAGACAUUAUAAGAAAAUCCGAGAUGUAGAUGAAUUAUCUAAAGAUGGUACUAAAAACAAACCUUUCGAUAAAGUUAAGGAACAGGAUAAAGAAAAAAAUCGUACAAUAGAGGAAAAGUUAAAAAUUGAAGAAAGAUUGAAGUUAAAAUAUAAAGAUAAAGAGAUACGAUCUCGAACACCGCCAACAUCAGAGAAAUCCAAACAUCAACACUCCAAGGAUACAAUUUCGACGAAAACUCGUCGCAGUCGUACACCUGAAAAAUCAUCAAAAUCCAAACGAGAGCUUACGCCGUCAAAACUUCCAGAUAGACCAGUUUCCACAAACAGAUCUCGAGAUAGCGAAAAGAAAGAUCGCGAAUACCAUAAGAGCGAUAAAACUAAAGACAGAGAAGACAUAAGAAAAAAUGAUCAAAAUAAUAAAGCCAGACAGAUAUCGAAUCAAGAAGAAAGUCAUAGAAGAAUCGGUAAAGAAUGCGAUGAUAAAGCUUAUUUAGGUGACAAAACAAGACAAAAGAGCAGAGAACGACGCGAUAAAGACCAUACUAGAGACGAACGUGGACAUUCAAGACUCGGUCGGGAUCAACGAGACACUCGUGAUAAAGACAAAGAAGAAUUACAGGAACGUUGUCGUGAACGACCACGAGAGAGGGAUCGUGAUCGUGAUCGAGACCGAGAACGCGAUCGCGAUCGAGAAAGAGAUAGAGAUAGAGAUCGUGAUCGUGAUCGCGAUAGAGACCGUGACCGGGAUCGGGAUCGUGAUCGCGAUCGUGACCGAGAUCGUGAACGUGAUCGCGAUCGUGACCGAGAUCGUGAAAGAGAAAAGGAUCCAAUAAAAACUAGAGACAGAGAUAUACCAUCUUUAGUUUCAACAACGAUAGGUUUAACAGCAGAUAAGAAUUCGCGUUAUAGCCGUGAUAAAGAGCGAAUAGUAGUGAAGGAUAGUGCCUUUGAGAAGAAUGGUAUCCGAGAUCGUAGAGGUGACAGAGAAAGGGAGCGAUCUGAAACAAAAACGCUUUCCGAUCGCGACAGAGCAUCUCAACGAUAUGAUAGAAACACUGUAGAUAAAGAGGCAUCCACCCGUAAAACUGGCAUGAACUCGCCUAGAGAUCGUUUUCCACGAGAGAGAUCUUUGGACAGAGUUUCUUUGCUUGAUAAAGGUGUGCAUAACGUACCACCAUUAACCCAAGCAUCUUCUUUACCUGUCGUUCAAUCCUCUAUAGCAUCUUCGUCAUCUUCGUCCGCACCGGCUACAUUGUCAACGUCAAGAGAUAAUUUAAUUGAGAGGAUAGAUGUUGGACACUAUGAUAGAGAAAGACAUAGACGAUUCAAUACUAGGUACGACCGAGGUCAUACGUCUGAACACGAUCAGUCGCGCGUUACGCCGACUAAAGUUGAUCGUUUGAUCGAAAGACGAGAGGGUAGUCCAAGACGUACAAUUGAAAUCGAUAGAAAUUACAAUAGAAAUUAUGGACGUUUAUCAGAACAUUGGGACGAACAAGAGGAGGCAUCCUCGCAUUUAGAUUACCGUGAUCACCAUGUUCACGAAGAUGAUAGAAGAAAAACAGUGGAUGGAAGAAGAUACGAUAGCCCGUUUGAUGAGAGACGUGGAAUCCGUGAGGAAAGGCCACGGGAAUCUAGAUAUGUUGUUCAAAGCGGUGAUAGAACAUCCUUUGACGAUCAUCGUCAUCAUCAUCAUCAUCAUAGACAUCCACUUUAUCCAGGAGAGAAAAUAAGAAGUAAUACAUCAAUUCGCGAUGAGAAUGUUGCUAACGAUGACUGGGAUAGCCAUCAUCGUGAUGUAGAACAUAACAGAGAACGAGCUUAUGGACCUGUUGAUUGGGAAGAAAGAGAGUGGCGAGUAAGAACAUUAUGGGACAGUAGAGACAGUCUUCCUCGAUCGGAAGUGCAUGAUGAUGACUGGAGUUCUCGAUAUGAUAAUUCUGUAUCAGAUUGGAAAUCGAACGACGGCCGAAAAUGGGAUAAUCAAUCCGUACAUAUUCGUGGUCACUAUCGAAAUGAUCGGUCUAAGGAAAUAGAAUUAGGAGAAUCUACAUCACAUAAUAAAAGAAGAACUUAUAAUAAUUCUGAAACCAGAGACGAAUGUACAGUCCAUAGUUCUAAACAAGCAUCUUUAUAUGGUAGUAUGAAAGAAGAACCUAUUAAUAAAAAGUUAAUGGAGCUUGCGGAAGGUAAAUUAUCUACAACCCGAGAGAAAUCUGCAGAUACUUUUCCAAAAAAAGUAUUACCGAAAGAAAAAUCUGAAACGAAAGAAAUCGUUGCAACUGAACCGAAACGUUCUUGUAUAGACGAGUCUCUACAAACUCUUCAUACAGAAAGUGAUCUCAGUGAUAUUAGUGAUGAUCCAGAUGAUAUAUUAAACAUGGAUGACGUUACAGACAUCGAUACGAAUAAAACUCGGACAAGUAAGAAAACUCCCGAUAUCACUCAACGAGACGGCCAAUCAACAGUUCAAGAAACAGAAGUAUCAUCUCCAAAAGAACCUAUUGAAGAUACAGUUUUUAAUACAAAGGGAAAAGAUAAUGCUGAACCAAUGUCAUUUAGAAACAUGGAGGAUGAAAAUGUGGAAACUAUGGACUUUGAAGAAAUCUCUGAUGGUGAAUUAGAAGAAGAUAUAAAAACAAGCGGUAAAGGUUUAGGUGAUGCUUUAGGAGUUGAUUGGGAGAGUCUCGUUAAAGAAACGCAACCUCGAAGACCUACAUCGUGUAAUCAAAGUUCAGAAAAUCGUUGGCAAUGCAAAGCAAUUCUGCAUAGAAUCGGUGUUUCAGCAAAGUAUGCGGGAGAAGAUAUAAUAAAAAAAUUGACAAAGAAAUAUGGAAAAGACGAUCAUUCGGAAUUUUUUCUUCACGAUGUUGCAUUUAUGCACACAGCACUUGCCCGGAAUCGCUUAUUACAUGACCUAAACAAUGAUAUGCUGCCUACGGUGGAUGAUUUUCUGUAUAGAAGUAGUAAUGUAAAUAUUGAUGAAGACGUAGAUUAUGAUUUGGAAGUUUUGAAACCUUGUACAUCUUUAUACGAAGAAGCAAAGUGUUUAUUACAACAAGUUGUAUGAAGAAGCUUCUGUGUAUAGUAAAUGACUUCCAAAAUAGCACUUUGCUACCGUAUUUACACGGUUCAGCAUAGAACAAAAGUGCAUCAAUUUGUUACUGGCUAGUCUGGCUCAGCUAUUUAGAUAUUUGCUGUAGCCAACUUAGCUGUUAGCGGUGCAAUUGUAAAAAGAAAUUAAAUUGAUACGUUUUUCUUAA